UGGAGCUAGAGGACGCAAUGCAGCCAAAACACACCGCUUGCACUUUAACAAGCGGUUUAUACAGAUUUUAAGUAAAUCUGGCCAUUUCUUUAGCUAAGUGCAACACUGAACCCUACGUAGUUAAAGUAUCUCACCGCGUAUGCUAUCCGAUAAACGUUAGAAAGCGAGCUAAUUAAGCUAACAUGCCGGUUAGCUGUGAGCUAACUCGGCUAACUCGCUAGUUUAGCACAUUAGAUACGGCUACCUCUACACCUGUAACUUCAAAGUUUACAUGUUCUGUUCAGUUUGGUUAGAUAUAUCGACAUGGCACAUAGGAAAGAAGUGUUUCAGUCCAAAGUCCUCCAGAAGCUCUACCCUGCACCUCCAAAACUGGAAAAGGAAUCCGGUUCACCACACAUUGUGCAGUCUCUUGCCAAAAAAACCCACGUUAAAAGAAAAUCUCACCAAAUCACUGAUACUGGUGAUGCCGGAACUACACACAGUGCAGUUGGUCCCACCAAACGUAUAUACACAGUUCUACCUCCUCCAGCAGACUACAUGAUAGUGGCAGAGCAAUCCGCCACACUCCCACAACAAGGAAACAUAAAUAGUGUGGAAGACCCAGCUGAGGAGAGUGUUCAUGAAAGCAAUGAAGAAAUCGACCAAGGACCAGAAGAGAAGAAGAGGAGAAGAAGAAAGAGGAAGAAGCCGAACCUUCAUCCUGAUUCAGAGAAGGAUCCGAUAGCCCCGGGCCAUAGUCAGACACCUGGGAACGAGGGAGAAGAACGCAUUAGUAGAAACAAGAAAAGGAAGUUAAAGAAGAAAAGACACAAAGAGAAGCUGCUCUCUAUGGGUUUGAUGCCUCGCACUGCUGCGUUGGAGUUCACCUACCAGAGGAUGGAGCAGGAGGAGGAGCAGGAGGAGGAGAGGGCUGCUGAGGUCCUGGACUUCCUCAGGACCACAGUGGAAAUCUAUAAGUCAGAUUCUUCGUUUCAUGCAGGCGAGCUUUCUCUUCUAUCUGAUGGGAUAGAGCACCUUCUAAGCAGCAUCGCUGGUGGUCAUCAACCCACCUCAGUCCUGAAGCAGCUUCAUACUCUGAAGACCUAUGUUCAGCAGAAAGAUUCAGGCAGACUAACAAAGGAACUGGAGGAGCUCCGCAACACCACCACCAUGUCUGCAGAGGAAACGACUGCAGUCAUUACGCUGUUCCAAUACUGGAUCACAGACAUUCUUCCUAUGCAGAGAGACCAGACCACAGGACUUUCUACAAAACAUUUGAGAGAUGGUGGACUGGCUCUGUAACUGUGGUGUUACUAAAUGAUAAUCAGUUAGUGACAUUUCUCUCUGUCUCUAUAAUUGCUCAUUUCUGUUUUCAAAUUCUGUAUUUCAGAAGCAUUUAGUGCUAAGAUGAUGUAUUUAUUGUUUUUGUAUGAUUAAAUAUUUUCUGUUUUUGAA